GUUAUAUACUUAAAUAUACUUAAAAGAAAAUUUCACAUUAGGCGGUGUAUAUGUAUAUAUACGACGAACAAUAAAUCUGGACAUUGGAAUUAACGAAACGAGAUGUUGAAAUAAGUAAAAGAGAGAAACAAAGGAGUAACAGUUGAAAAAGCAGAGGAUUAUUCGGUGAAAUAAUUCCAGGUACAACGACGAAUAAAUUUUCGUCGUCGAUUCUUGGAAGAUUGCAUUCAAGGUUCUCCAAAAACGGCUUCACGAACAAUCACACCGAAGUUCGUGCUUCAGAGCUUGUUGGGAAUCGUAUCGACGAGUAUCGUGUACUUUGCCUCGUGUACAAUGACAAUAAAUAGCAACAAAUACCGUGCACUCUCUGUUUGAUACUUCUACUAUUUACGUCAACAGUGAAAAAAGAAAGAAAGAGAUUUUAUUUUUUUAAAUAAACGUCGACGAAAAAGACAGUCAAGUGUGAUUUUCAGUAAAACGAUGUUCAGUGAAAUUGCGAGUCGAUCAAUAUUGAAAUAUUCAUGGUGCAGUUCGUUUACCAUGGCGGGAAAUUUAAUUGUUCUGUCGUCAUUGUUGUCUCUGUCAGUCGGUGUUACAUCAUCGUUUAAAAAGUGUUGCCCGUUUGGAGAGGUUUUUUCGGGGAUCUCGAAAGUGAACUGCAUCCAGGCACCACCACGUGCAACGCAGGUUUUUCUAAGUAAUCUCGGCAACGGGAGCAUAACUUACGAUGAACUUUUUGUUUGCAAGGAUGUUGAACAUAUUACCACUUUGUCUCUCAACGAGUUGAAUUCUACCGAAAUUGUGCAGUUGCAGGAUUUCUGUCUCGAAAUUCUCCACGACGAAACUAGUAGGAGCAACGUUCCCACGCUCGUGCUUUGCAACUCUAACGAAGACAAGGAUCCAGAAUAUUCAGAGUCUUCACCGUUGUCGCAACUAGUGAACGUCAGAAGAUGUUGCUUGAAUAAUGCAGUUUUUGACGUGAAGACGGGAGAGUGUGAACUCGAUUAUUGCUCGAAAACGGACCAUUUCUUGCCGAUACUGACCGAUUACUUGCGACGAGACAAGUCGCACACUCACGACAUAAAGCCAGUUUUUAUUCACAGAGGAUUACCCGAGUGUGCUUUAGGGGCGAUCUUCACGUACGAGAUCGAUAUAGCGGAUAUUGUCUUUGAGAACGGAACUUUAAAGGCGACGCUGUCGGGAAAUCGGGAUCACGUGGAAAGUUUGACCGAACGGAACUCUUGUCUGGAAUUGACGCCGGACUUCCGCUCGAAUCAACGGCUGGUGGUACGCGUGUGCAGAGACGCGGAAUACUGCCAGGGCCGCCAUUGUGUAAAAAAAUGUUGCCUGGAGGACGUGGACAACAACUUUAGGAUCAACGGCCAUAGGGUCAACUGUUCGGCACUUGGCGACAAACGGAAUUUCAACGAGGACUUUUCGAAUUUCACUGAAACGACUUGGAACGCCACAGAAUACGGUGUGCAGAGUGGAUUGAAUUGUGGCUAUGUUUAUGCCGAAUACAUGAACCAUACGCACAGUGUAUCGGCAAAUGGAUACUUCAAACUUAGUCCUUCAGUGUGGAUUCCACCUAAAAUGUACUGCAUGGACUCUCUAUCGAAUUCCAAAUACGACGGUCUAGUCGUGUUUAUUUGCUUCGACGAGAACGAGAAAGAGGACGAGGACGAGAACGAGGACAAUGUCAAAGCGAUAAUCUCCACCGUUCUAAUGGGAAUCAGUUGUAUCUUCCUGCUAUUGACACUGAUCGUCUAUGUCUGUCUACCUGUGCUUCAAAAUCUCCACGGCAAAACUCUGAUGUGUCACGUCUCGAGCCUUCUCACGGCUUUCUUUUGCCACACCGUGAUACAAUGGUUGUCGAAUGAUAAACUAGGAGAGGACGUUGUACUGUGUUACAUAUUAGGAUACAUCCUGCUCUUCGCCUUUCUGUCAGCCUUCUCCUGGUUGAACGUUAUGUGCUUCGAUAUAUGGGAGACAUUUGGAAGAGUACGCGGCACUGUCAUUCGGGGAAGAAGUCAGAACAAAAGAUUUGCGUUUUACUGUAUUUACGCAUGGGGAUUGCCGAUCUUUAUCACGUUUCUCUGCAUUAUGGCUGACAAGGUGCACGUUCUGCCAACGAACAUGGAGCCCCACUUUGGCGAAAAACGUUGUUGGUUCGAAAAGUACAUAAGUCACGGGGAAAUAAUUUUCUUCAGUGCGCCAGUCGGCGUCCAGCUGAUAAUGAACAUAGUGUUCUUCAUUUUCACGGCGGAGGAGUGUAACAAGGUGAAAGCCGAGAUAAGCAGAGUGUCGUCCUCGGAUCCUAGAAGAAAACGAUUUCAUGCUGACAAAACUAAAUUCAUCAUGAACGUGAAGCUGUUUACCGUCAUGGGUAUAUCCUGGAUCGGAGAGAUCAUCUCCUCGCUACUGAACAAGUACACCACGCUCCAAUACAAGGAGGAAUUUUUCUACGUGCCGGACGUGAUUAACAGUCUUCAAGGUGUUUCCAUAUUCGUUUUAUUCGUGGUGAAGCGACGAGUUCACGAAGCGCUGAGAAAGCGGCUUGGCCACGGCGGUUCGAAGAAACGGUACGGAAUCAGCCAGGGGAACUCGACGCUGCAGGACCCGUACAAAGUAAAAAAAAGCUCGAGUAACAGCACGUUGACAUCCAGCUUCGCGGUCAGCACGACUCCUUGACCAAAGGAAAAAAAAUUCUAGGUUACCAGAGAUCACGUUUCGAUCCAAAGAAAUUCAAUAUCAUUGUCAGCUGCGAAAAAACAUUUCCUUAGAACUCAUAGUCGUUGUUUGCAAUGAAAAACAUUUUAGUCUUUUCUAUAAUCUUUUUUCAUUCUGGGUUAUAACAGUCGCGGUCCUUUUUUAUUUUAUUAAUUGCAAGUUUCGAGACGAGUCAAGUGAAACGCAAUCUCUAUGUUUAUUAAUCUAUCUUGUCAGUUUCAUCGUCUCACUUCAAUUCUCAUUGCUUCUGUAUUUUAGCCAUUUUUUUUUUUUUUUUUUUUUUUUUUUUCAUGCUUGAAAUCAUUCAGGGAACACGCUUCCGCGACGAUGCUGAAUUUUAUUAAGCGAAUUUUGUUUCAUCGCCUCAGUGAAGUGAUAAAAUGAAUUUAAAUCUAUGUCUUCGUAUCGAUUGUUUCUAUUGAAAUAUACAGGGUGUCCAAAAAGGUUGGGACCAAAGUUAGACUACGUGUUAUUCAGGUCAGAUGAGAAGAAUUCAUAAUGUCAAAUUAUGUUCGAAAAUGGUUUAUUGAAAAGAUAUAAGCUUUUAAAGAUAUUUGUGAUUUAUUGUGACAGUUACAAGAAACGUUCGAAAGUUCCUCCUUCAGCAAGAAUGCAGGCUUCCAUUCGUCGAAUUUGUGAUUGUCGAACUCUUUCAAAUAUUCCAUACUUGUAUUGGAAAUAACAGUAAAUGCAUUUUGAAUACAUUCCCAAAGUAUCAGGUGAUCUAGGAGGCAAACUGAUUGGUCGGUCGCGACCGAUCCAACGUUGAGGGAAUUGUCUAUUAAGAAAUUCACGUACAUUCCGUCCAAAAUGUGGCGGGGCGCCAUCAUGUUGAAACCACAUUUGACAGCGUGUUUCCAACGAGACAUCAUGCAACAUAUCGUGAAGAUUAUUUUGCAAUAAUCUUAUUGAGAAUUUGUAAUACAUAUGCGAUCCUGUACAACGAAUUGUAAAACGAAUUUUCUUAAAUCUUUGAACGCUUAUAUCUUUUCAAUAAAACAUUUUCCGACAUAAGUUUAUACGAACCUUUUCUCUGUUCUGGUUCUAUUUGACCUCAGUAACACGUUGUCUAAGUUUGGCCCCAACCUUUUUCGACACUCUGUGUAUAUAACAAAAUGUCCAUGUUUAAUUCAAUACAGAAAACGAAACUUUGACGAGAAAACGAUAAAGAAAAGAAGAUUUUAGUAUUAUAGUUGUCGAGUUUAUAAUUAAAAUUUUCUUUUUUUUUUUUUUACAAA